UCAGAACAUCACCGGUUCCGGUGUUCGGUGGUUCGUCACUUCUGGCUAGGGUCGCGGUGUCAAGGGUGUUCAAGGGUACGAGCAGUGCCCUCAGCUGGGGUCGGUUGGUUUUCGCGAACAAGAGCUUCAGUCCAGUACUCGUCGGUCGUCCGCCCCUCCGCAAAAUGACUCACGUGUGCUUGAUCGUCAUGGACGGCUGGGGACUUUCGGAUAACGCUCACGGUAAUGCCGUUCUCAACGGUUAUACGCCCGUGAUGGACGCGCUCAGCAAAACUGAAGGUCAGUUCCUCCCCUUGGAAGCGUCCGGCCUUGCGGUCGGCUUGCCCGCCGGUCUGAUGGGCAAUAGCGAGGUGGGGCAUCUCAACAUCGGCGCCGGACGGGUCGUUUUGCAAGAGAUCGUUCGGAUCAACAAAGAUAUGGAUAGCGGAGAAAUCCAGGACAACGAGCAUUUCGUGGAGGCCUGCAACCGUGCCAAAUCCAAGAACGGCCGAUUCCACCUUCUCGGUCUUUGCAGCGACGGCGGAGUCCACGCCCACAUCAAGCACAUCUUCGCCCUGCUGGAAGGCGCCAAGAAGCACGGCGUGCCUCACACCUUCAUCCAGUUCUUCGGCGACGGCAGGGACACGGGCCCCACGAGUGCUAUCAAGUACGCCCAGCAGGUGCUGGACAAGUGCGCCCAACUCAAGUACGGCUCGUUGGCCACGCUGAUCGGCCGCUACUACGCCAUGGACCGAGACAAGAGGGAGGAGCGCGUGAAGAUCGCCUACGAGGGCCUCGUACAGGGAAUUGGCGACAAAGUGGAGCCCGGCGAUCUCAUCAAACAUAUCCAGGGGCUCUACGACGCUACAGGCGACAAGAGGCAGACCGACGAGUUCUUCAAGCCCAUCAUCGUCGACCCCAACGGUCGUAUCAAAGACGGUGACACCCUGCUCUUCUGCAACUUCCGUGCCGACCGAGCCCGCCAGCUCACAGAAGCGCUGGGGAUCAAGCCCCUCUUUCAGACCAGCGUUAUCCCCAAGGAUCUGAAGGUGUACACGAUGACCGUGUACAAGAAGGAGUUCCCGUUUACAGCUCUGUACCCCCCAGUCAUACCCAAGAACGUCCUCGCAGAAUGGCUCGCUGCCAAGGGGAAGACCCAGUUCCACUGCGCAGAGACCGAGAAGUAUGCCCACGUGACCUUCUUCUUCAACGGAGGCCAGGAGAAAGCCUUCACUGGGGAAGAUCGCUGCUUGGUACCAUCACCCAAAGUGGCCACUUACGACUUACAGCCCGAAAUGAGCAGCCAGGGAGUGGCCGACAAGAUGGUGGAAGUCAUUAAGGAAAAGAAGUACCCGUUUGUCAUGUGCAACUUUGCCCCCCCUGACAUGGUCGGUCACACUGGAGUCUAUGAAGCAGCCUUAAAGGCUGUGGCGGCCACCGAUGUAGGAGUUGGCCGCAUCAUGGAAGCCUGUGCCAUGAAUAACUAUGUGUUGCUUGUCACUGCAGACCACGGGAACGCCGAAGUCAUGAUGACACCCGACAACAAGCCUGUCACCAAGCACACCACAAACAGGGUGCCCUUCUGCAUUAAUGGAGGCGGCUACAAGUUCUGCAAGCCCGACCAUACCCCCGCUCUCUGCGACGUCGCUCCCACCGUCCUGGACCUGUUGAAAAUUCCUCAACCACCCGAGAUGACCGGAAAGUCUCUCCUUGCACACUGAAUGCAAAACUCAAAAGCAGUCACCCACUCUCCGGUGCUGUGAAAGUCACACUCUGUUCCUGGCCAGACACCCUUUAGGCACCCCGAGGCUUGCCCAAAUAUUUAUCUGCCACUAAAUGUCAAUAAAUUAUGUUGUCAGUGUCA